AUGGGGGCCCGGUGUUCCAGCCCCCAUCUCUUCUCCCUUCCUAUUGCCAGUGAGCUUGAAGAGCAUGCAGUCAUUGAAGCCCAGCUGCAACUUUGGCAUUCCCUACAGAAACACCUUGAGCUUGAUGGUGCCGAAGAUCUCACUCAGCAAAAUGCUACUAUUGGAAUUGACCAGCAUGUUGGCAGACUCUAUGACACCGCUGAAGACCUCGUGCUUCUUGUACUUGAUGCUCUCAGAGCACCAGGGCACAGCGUUGUUGAUGCGGCGUGCCCCACCACGUCAGACGCAGCGGUAGACACCAGCUCCGAAAUCACCACCAAGGACUUGAAGGAGAAGAAAGAAGUUGUGGAAGAGGCGGAAAAUGGAAGAGACGCCUCUGCUAACGGGAAUGAGGAGAAUGAGGAAAAUGGGGAGCAGGAGGCUGGCAAUGAGGUAGAUGAGGAAGAAGAAGAAGGUGGGGAGGAAGAGGAGGAGGAAGAAGAAGGUGAUGGUGAGGAGGAGGAGGAUGGAGAUGAAGGUGAGGAAACUGAGUCUGCUGCAGGCAAGCGGGCAGCUAAAGAUGAUGAGGAUGACGAUGUCGAUACCAAGAAGCAGAAGACUGACGAGGAUGAUUAGACAGCAAAAAAGGAAAAGUUAAACU